ACAGACACGCAGACACACGCACACACCAUUCAUACACACACAUCCAUAAACAUAUGUACAAAGACACACAGACAUCCACAUAGGUUCAUACAUAGACGCCACACACACACACACACAUGUCGAUGACGUCAUUGUGCGUUUCCGCUGGCAGAGAGAAGAGGACGAAAGACAAACCGUACGCAUCAUGUCGAUGUCAGUAGCACAGGUGGAGGCUGCUCUUGCAGAGGUAAUGAAGUAUGCAAAGGAGGGCGUCCACUACAACGGUGACAACGAGUUGUCUUUGCUUCACGACAGGGUGCCGAGGUACUUCAUAGUCGUUGUGGAUAUGAGAUCCACAAUCAUGGCAAACGGCGAGGGCUGUGUCAAAGCACGAACACUCUUGCAACGCUUCAGAGAGUCACCAUAUGUACGUGUGGACAGCGAUGUGGAAGACAGUGCAUACAAUCUGAAAGGAGUGGUCCAGUGGAUCUGUAGCGAAGGGAUAUGCGAAGAAGGAGACGUGGACAUGACAAUGCAGCACACAGGGGGGACAUAUACACCUGCGAACUUGGGCAAGUUGCUGAGCACUGUCACACGGAAUGGGAGAAUGCUGGUUGAUGGGUCGAAGGACGAGUUGAAGAGUGGUGCUGCAGAAAUAUUGGUGUUGUCCAAAAUUAAGGACAUUACACAAACACCGCCAGAAGACUUUCAAGAUGUUCCUGUCAUUGUCGCAGACUUUCAACUUGUGGACUUCAUGAGAAAGAGUGACGACGACAGGAACGUCAUCCAUGAGGCGUUGCACGAAGUGACAGAGUUUGCACUGCAGGGUCAAGAUCUGAUAGAAUUUGUGUCAGCAAUAAUGGAAGACAACAUCAUAUCUGGCAGACCGUUGUGGGGGGAGUUGUUAUCAGUUGCUUUGGAGCGGCUUGGUCUUGCAAACUGCCAUGUUGAGAGACAAAGAGAAAGAGAAGAAGGGUGAAAGGUGAUGGCCACGGAAACAAAUUUAGCAAUCAUUC